AUGGCAAAACUCGAAUGCUAUCCUGUGGACGACCCUGACACCCUCUGGCUAUAUUGUCCAUCAUUCCCUGCAGCAAUCGCCUACAGUGUGCUCUUUGGCCUCACAACAACUGCACACCUAGUUCAAGCGUUCAUACACAGGAAGCCCUUCGCCUGGGUCCUUAUCAUGGGUAGCCUGUGGGAGACGGCCGGCUACAUCUUACGCAUCCUCGCAGUCAUUGACCAGCGAAGCGAGACUUACCAGACCUACCAGCAGCUCUUGAUUAUUCUGGCCCCUCUCUGGAUCAAUGCCUUCUGCUACAUGGUUCUGGGUCGAAUGCUUCAUUGCUUCCUUCCACCAGGGGAAGAUAAGGUAUGGGGCGUAAGAGCUCGGAAAAUCGCCCUUCUGUUUGUCUGGGGCGAUGUGUUUUCGUUCAUAAUACAGCUGGGAGGUGGUCUGAUGAUCAACAACGAGUACGGAGCGAAGACUGUCAGACUCGGCAUAAAUAUAUACAUGGCAGGCGUCGGCGUGCAGCUCUGCUUCAUUGCGGCGUUCAUGGCUAUUGCGGUUCGCUUCCAACUGACAAUUCGACAAGGAGGCGUCUAUAACAGCAUCGAUCACUCGGAUUCGUCCUCCAUGGUGGAGCUCACCGGGCCCCACGGCUCGCAGCAUAUGACCUUGCCAUCAGUCUAUCAGAUCCCGCCAACAAGAAGAAAGAACUACUCACGGCCCAUGUCCACCCGCAGAGUCGAAAACCUGCUCUAUGCCCUCUACUCUGUACUACUCCUCAUCAUUUUCCGCAAUCUAUACCGCUUGAUCGAAUUCUCAUCGGGCGCCGAAUCAUCCAUCACGAAGCGUGAAUACUAUACCUUUGUCUUCGACAGUACCCCAAUGUUGCUUGCGUUGCUCGUCUUCAACGCCUUCCACCCUGGGCGGUUCUUGAGGGGGCCCAGGGCAGACUUCUCGGCAGAGAAUAAGGAACUCAAGGAGCAAAAGAGGGCAACGAGGAGAGCGAAGAAGGAGGCGGAUCAAUUGGCCAAAGAGGAGCGGAAAGCGGCAAAGCAGACACGAAGAGCUGCGAAGGGAGGGCGCAGCGAAGGUACAUUUCAAGAUCCUGAAAGCCACUUCAUUGCGAAGUGA